AUGGGUGGAGGACUGAAUUUCCUUAAUAAGAAAACAUGGCAUCCAGCGCGGCCGCAAAACCUAGAGGAAGUAUGGAAACGCGAGCAGAAGGCUGCUGCGGAAGCCAAGAAGGCCGAAGAGCUGCGCAAGCAACUCGAAGAAGAGCGCAAGCGGAGCGAGUUCGUGCAAAUGGCUAUGGACACGGGGCACUUAAGGAAGGAGGAGCGCCUGGACUGGAUGUAUGGAAGUGGACUACAGGCAAAGCAGGACGCGGAGAAAAGGCGGGAAGACAUGCUUACGGGGAAAGCUGAAGUGGUUUUGCCUCCGGAACAGCGAGCUCAGGAGACAAGCAGGGCAGAGCAGGUUGCUCAGCUGCCGUCAUUCUAUGCAUCCGCCACCCCAGCCUCUCAGAACGAAACGUGGCUUCGGCUCAACAACGACCCCCUGUUCGCGAUCAAGAGACAGCAGCAGGAGCAGCUGUCCAAGCUGAAGGAGAACCCCAUCAAGAUGCUGGAGCUGCUGAAGAACCUGACCAAGGCCAAGGAAAAGGAAGACAAGAAGAAAGAAAAAAAGGAAAAGAAAGAAAAAAAGGAAAAGAAGGACAAAAAGAGCAGGAAGAGGGAGCGUGGCAACGAGAGCAGCGACGAUGAUGCCGGGGAGGGCGAUCGCAGGGCGGCUAAGCGCAGCAGGUCGCCAUCCGCGUCACCUCCGCGCUUUGGCUCCGGCGGCCACGAGAGGGCAGCCCCGCCUCGAGGACAGCAAGAGCACGGGCAGCUCCACGGGUAUGGCCAGGGGCUGCAGCGCCCGGCGGCUGGCGCUGCUGCGCGACCUCCGGCAGGCCGCGAGGAGGACGAUGGCGACCGGGGCUACAGACGCCACGAACGGAACCUCGAAUUUGAACGAGAUUGGGACCGCGGAAUGGAGCGAGCGCAGGACCGCGAACGGGAGCAGAAGUGGGGCCGGGAACGGGGCCCCGAAGGCGAAUGGGAAUGUGAACGGGACCGCGAGCGGGAGUCCGAGCGCAAACGGGAGCGAUAUGGCCUCAAGCAGUCCUCUGCGGCACCGGAGGCGCUGCUGCAGGCGAACAACAGUAGCCGCGCUGCGGAGACGCGAGCUAGGUUAGAGGAUGCAAGGCGCGCGCGGGAGGAGGAGGAGCGCGCCAAGGCGGCGCAGCGCUGCGUGCGUAAGGACUACAAGACGGGCCAGAUCACCGAGGAGGAGCGUCAGCGGCGGAUUGCGGAGAUGAUGGGCAACGCGGAGGAGCACGAGGCACAGCGCAGACGGCGGCUGGAUGCGGCGGCGGCAGCGGACGCUGCGGAGGAGGACAGCCAGCGCCUCGUGAACCAGGCCCAUGCGGCACGUGGCAGCGAUGCCUUCCGCGACGCCGCCUCCCGGGACGUGUACUCCAAGCUGCAGGGCUCCCUGGAGGCUCGAACGACUAAGAGUGACGCAAUCUGGGAGGAUAGGAUGGCAUUCGAGUUUGUGGCAGCUUUAAAUGAGCAAAAAUUUACCGAUGCUGUCAAGACUGUGGACGUGGCAAUUGCAUCCUGUCGGCCCGAAGACAAGGAUGCUUUGGCGCAGCUGCUCGUCAACAGAGGUUACUGUCAACAAAAACUUCAGCUGUACAGAAAGGCUCUCAAGGACUACGAUGCUGCGCUCGAAGCAAUACCGCGGUUUCCUCUUGCCUUGUACCGCAAAGGGCAAGUCCUGGCCGCACAGAAGAAGCUGGAGGUGGGGCUCGAAGCGGCGGCGAACCGCUACCCCUUGCAGCCCUCUGCGGGAGGGAGGGCACUGUUUGGCUUGCAAGUCGUGACCAUCUUCCUGAUCGCCACAUUACUUGUCGGACAGUAUCAGCUGCUGCAGCAGGCCGGUUUGAGCGCUGUCAUAGGGUCCGUCACGCCCGAACCGCUGGUGUCCUCCAGCAAGGGGCCAGCAGCUGCGGACGAUGCACAUGUCACGAAGCCUUUUUCCCAGACAAACGGACAGGUAGCUGCGACGGGGCUCGCCAGCACGGGCCUAGCAGCCGGCGCAGCGAACGGUGCAGUAACAAGUGCGUCUUCCGCCGCUUCGCCGGCGGCAACAGCCGAUGGCAGCGACGGUUCAAAAGCUUCACCGCAGCAUCAGCAGCCGGCGAAGCCAAGUGGGGCUCCUGUACAGCAGCCGGCAGCGGGCGCCAGCGGGUGGUCACAAGCUGCGGUCAGUAACGGAGCGUCAGAAGAUGGGGAAUGCGAGGUCGUGGACUGCGUAGCGCAGCAGCAAGCGGCCCGUGGCCGGGGCACAGCGGCGGCGGCGGCAGCAUCCCAGACGGACGUGCAGACUGCCUUAAACAACUCCCUGGCUAUUCAGAUGGCAGUGACACAGAUAAACAGCGGCAAUAUUGUGGAGGCAGAGGCCAUACUAGACAAGGUCAUUGCGGCAACGCCGCGGGAGCUCGGGGCUCGUGCGGUGGAGGACUUCAAUGUGGCCAUUGAGGUGGAGCCUCGGUACGCGGACAGCUGGAAACGCCGCGGCCAAGCUCGCUCCGCCCUAGGCGACCACGAGGGCGCGCUGACGGACCUCCAGAAAGCCAUUGACCUGGCGCCGCUGUUCGGAGGCGCGGAUUCAGCGUCGAGCCGAGCCGAAUGCUGGAUGGAGAAGGGCAUGAUCUAUCAGAAGAUGCGCGACUACCGGAGGGCGUGCCGUGAGUUGCAGCAGGCCGUGAAGCUGGACCCAACCAAUUCCCAGGCCUGGAACGUGUUGGGCCUGUGCUCUACGAGCCAGGGCGACAUCCGAGACGGCGUGCGGGCGUACGAGAAGGCGGUGGAGCUCAACCCUCGACUAAAGGAAGCCUGGGUUAAUAUGGGCCAGGCCCUGAAGGAGGAAGGCCGCACCAAGGAAGCGGAGCGGGUGCUGCUCAAGGCGCUGACUCUGGACGCGCCCGACCAGCCCUCCGUGCACGUGCUGCGGGUGCUGGCGCAGAUGAAGCAGCAAAAGGGCGAGCAUGCGGCGGCCAUCAAGCUGCUCGACCGCGCCAUCCCGGUAGCGGAGGCCAAGGACGAGCAGGUAAUCGAAUUGCUGUACUUGCGGGCCAUCUGCCACCACGCGUUGGGCGCUAUUCGCGAAGCCGUUCGGGACUACGAGGAGUGCCUCAACUACGUGCCUAGGAACACUCAUGUCACGCCAUCGGAGGAAGCGCGACAGUUCCAGUUCCUGUCUUUCUAUCAGAAAGACCUGGCGCUUUACACUUACCACUCGCUGGACCGCAAGGCCGUGGACUUCUGCCCUGACUCCGAGCUGCCGGCCGUGUUUAAGGAGCUGUGGUGCAAGAAGGGCCCGCCCACCUCGGAGCUAAUCGCCCACUACCCGCAGUACCCGCCGUUGCCCUUGUCGCCGCCCCCGCUGCCUUCGCCUCCGGAUGCGGAGCGGGUGCGGCAGCUGACGGUACUCGCCGACAAGUUGGGUGUGUUGCUGCAAAACAACCACCAGGGCUUCCUAUUUAAUGUGCGCCAGCAGCGCGCCGCGGGCUAUGCAGCGAUUGAGCUGGGCCAGGCGAUGUUGGAGGUAGUCGCUGCACGCCGGGCUGGGCGUCAGCAUUGGGUGCGCAGUGAGGGGAGCAGCGGCCAAGCGGGCAGCGCGGGGCGGCACCUCUUCGGAUGGCGAGAUGCCAUGGACAUCGUGGUCAAAUGGAGGCAGCUGUGCGAGCCGAACGACCAGGUCGUGUGGGUGGACCUGCUUACUCGCCGGGAGUUCGAGCAGGGCUUCGGCUCCCACACGCCCAUGUUUAGCGGCCAGACCAAGUGCGUGCGCUACUACAUGAACUUUGCGCGCGCUCUGGACCUUCAGCGGGAGGUGCUGCUUCGCGAGGGCCACGCCUUCGACGCCAACAACCGGACCAUUCCCCUGGGCAGUGAGUCCCAGCGGGAGGCCAUCCGUGUGGCGCGUACCGCCGAAGACAUGUACCAGGUCAUCCAGCAGGACAGCUGGGUGGUGGUACCCAUCCACAGCGUGGCGCGGCAGGAGCACAUGCUGGAGGGCACGCGGCUUACGUUGGUGCGGGUACCUAACCAGCCCGACGCCUACGAGUUCUCCAUCCGGACGCCUGUGACGCCGCCGCGCUGGAAGGACUUCGAUGCGGAGCUGGAGGCGGCGUUCGAUGCCGUCUUGCAAGCGUUAGCGGAUGAGGAUCUCCCCAAGCUGGCUCAGCGCAUCCUGACCUACUGCUACUACUGGUACAACUUCAUGCCGCUGGCGCGUGGCACGGCGGCGGUGGGCUACACCACCAUGCUCAGCAUGUUCUGGGCCGCGGGAAUGCCAGUAACGGCUGCUAUCCCCAAGGACUACCAGGUGGACUGGGAGGCGAUUCUGGCUCAGCAUCCUGACCAGUUCAUCGCUUCUGUCGGGGUGUGGCUGUACCCACCACAAGCACGGGGUCUGCCGGCAGAUGCGGAAGCAGAUGGCGGCAAGGAUGCCUUCCCACCCAUCAUCACUUUGCCGAAGGUGUCAGAAGUGCUGGGCACGAUCCGCCACCGCCUCAUUGGCCUGAACGGCGAGGGCGCUAAGCGUUUCGUGUAGGCCCUCGCAGAGGCAGUUCCACGUUAGGGUUUUGUAAUUGUAGGUUAUAGAUAAUAUCGUUCGGUGCAUGGUAGCUGCUGUGAGGCUCUUUGGAUUAACUAUUUCCCGCAGGAUGCUCAUAUCAGUUACGAAAAUGUACGAUGGAAAACGGUACCGGUAUCUGGACGGGCACUCUACGGUGGCUAUACCACACCUCGUUUAUUAUUACGUUCAGCAUAUUGUAAUUCAUAUAAACUGGCG